CAAUUUGAAGGCUGGCCAGGGGCUGGCCUCACUGCUGUGGGGUGGCAGUGUCAUGACAUAAGCAACACUGCGGAGAACACGUCGACCAGCCGAAUGCUAGCGUCUCUACUACAACGUCGCGUCUGACAGUGAGCAGCGGCCAUGCCGACUGCCUACCCGCUCCCUGAAAACAUCUCCCCGGCGACAGUCGCGAACACUGCGUCGCUACUUCGCAUUAUAGCAUUGGGUCUCAUCUCUGCCGCUGCCAUUGCGUCGCGUCUCUUCGCUGUCGUCAAUUUCGAGAGUAUCAUUCACGAGUUUGAUCCAUGGUUCAAUUACCGUGCUACCAGGGUUCUUGCAUCGAAGGGCUUCUACGAAUUCUGGAAUUGGUUCGACCCCACAGCAUGGUAUCCUCUGGGUCGUGUGGUCGGUGGUACCAUCUACCCAGGUCUCAUGGCAACUAGCGGUGUGAUUUACAACAUCCUUCACGCCCUCCACCUACCAGUCGACAUCCGUAACAUAUGUGUCCUUCUUGCACCAGGCUUCAGUGCCUUGACAGCAUGGGCUACAUAUAUGUUCACCAAGGAAUUGAAGGACGAUAGUGCUGGUCUUCUGGCCGCUGCUUUCAUUGGCAUCGUGCCUGGCUAUAUCUCGCGUUCCGUUGCAGGGUCAUACGACAAUGAAGCAAUCGCCAUCUUUCUCCUUAUGUUCACUUUCUUCAGCUGGAUCAAGGCCCUGAAGCAAGGCAGCGCGUUCUUUGGGACAAUUGCCGCUCUGUUCUACUUCUACAUGGUUGCUGCAUGGGGUGGCUAUGUAUUUAUAACGAACAUGAUACCUCUCCACGCGCUGGUCCUCUUGCUUAUGGGUCGUUUCACCAGCCGCCUCUAUGUUGCAUACUCGUCAUGGUAUGCCAUCGGAACGCUCGCAAGUAUGCAAGUCCCCUUCGUCGGUUUCCAGCCGGUACGGACUAGCGAACAUAUGGCGGCUCUAGGUGUCUUUGGCCUUCUGCAAAUCGUCGCAUUCGCGCAGCUGGUCCGCGCUCACGUUUCAUCUAAACAGUUCCAAAAUCUGCUCUUACUCGCAGUCGUGUCUACAGGAGUCCUCGGGUUCCUAGCUAUCGUCGGCCUCACCUACAAAGGUUGGAUUGCGCCUUGGACGGGCCGUUUCUACUCCUUGUGGGACACUGGCUAUGCCAAGAAGUAUAUCCCUAUCAUUGCCUCCGUCUCCGAGCACCAGCCUACAGCGUGGCCAUCGUUUUUCAUGGACCUCCAUUUCCUCAUAUGGGUGUUCCCCGCCGGUGUCGUGAUGUGUUUCCGUGCUCUCCGAGACGAGCACGUCUUUGUCAUUAUAUACGCAGUGAUGGCGAGUUACUUUGCGGGCGUCAUGGUCCGCCUCAUGUUAGCGCUCACACCUGUGGUCUGUGUAACCUCUGCCGUGGCUUUAUCGUCUCUGCUCGAUAUCUACCUGGACCCAACCGACCCCACAGUCAACGAAAAUGCUGAGCCAAUUAACGACACUCCCUCUUCAACGAACGUAUCUGUCACUCCGAAGAAGGCAAAAAAGCUCAAGGACAAGGAAGCCCCGGCUACCCCUGGUACUGCUCGUGCUACUUCAGCACCAGGGGGUUCGACCGGUAGUGUCAAGGCAACCAAGGGUAUCUUUGGCCUCGAUGGACGCAUUGCCGUACUCGUGAAUACCCUUGGUCUCCUUCUAUUCUUUGUGGUUCAUUGCACCUGGGUGACUUCGAACGCUUACUCUUCACCUUCCGUUGUCCUUGCCCAACAUAUCAUUGACGAUUUCAGAGAGGCGUACUACUGGUUGAGACAGAAUACUGCGGAAGAUGCUGUUGUGAUGAGCUGGUGGGACUAUGGAUACCAGAUUGCAGGCAUGGCGAAUCGCACAACGUUGGUCGACAAUAACACGUGGAAUAACACUCACAUUGCUACCGUCGGUAAAGCCAUGUCCUCGUCCGAGGAGGUUGCCUACCCUAUCUUGCGCAAGCACGAUGUGAAUUACGUUCUCAUUAUCUUCGGCGGUCUCAUCGGCUACUCCGGCGACGACUUGAACAAGUUCCUUUGGAUGGUGCGCAUCGCACAAGGGGUGUGGCCUGACGAGAUCCAAGAACCAAACUACUUCAGCAAUGGCGAAUACCGCGUCGACGACCGGGCUUCUCCCACGAUGAAGGAAAGCUUGAUGUACAAGAUGACCUACUACCGCUUUGCGCAGCUGUUCGGCGGAGGACAAGCUAUUGACCGCGUACGAGGACAGAAUAUGCCUCUUAAUGGACCAACCCUAGACUAUCUCGAGGAAGCAUUCACGUCGGAGAAUUGGAUAGUUCGCAUUUACGAAGUAAAGAAGGACGACGUCCUUGGUCGUGACCUCAAGGUUGCAAACGCAUUCGCAGAGGGCAAAAAACGCAAACGGUCGAAACCGAUUGCAAGGCGGAAAGCUAUCGCUGCCUGAGCGCCACGAAGAACGAGUGUAAGAAGUCACCGUUGGUGGGAUGGCCAAGCCUGCCUCUUCCAUUUACCUUAUAGAUUAUUGCUCUGUUUUCCCACCGAUGCACGUAGCUAUAUUCAAUACGGUCCUCAGGAUUCUGUAGAACUGACCCAGCUAGCUGGAGGCCUUGCAGUUACAGACCUGCACCUUCCUCUUGGCGCUAUCAGUAACGGUCUGGUGAUCAGACACGCCGAACUGCAUUUGCCAGCC